UUGUAUCUAUUAAUACUCGUGACAAUAUUUCUGAUCACUCUCUAUUAUGAAGUAGAGAUAUGUUUUCUUUCUUCUCCAAAAGCUUUUUUACUCUGAAAAUUGCUCUCAACGGCACCAGCUACAUGAUACAUUUUUAAGUCUUUAUGCCACUGCUCCUAACGUAAAUGGAGAAACAAUAUCCAUGCACUCAAGAUGCCCUUGCCUUGACUGUUGCCGCUACCGCCACCAGUACUACUAAAGCUGAUCACCGAAAACCAGGCUCUCAGCGCGGCGGUACUCGCCACCCGGUCUUCCGUGGUGUCCGAAAGCGGAGGUGGGGGAAAUGGGUGUCCGAAAUUCGGGAACCCCGCAAGAAAACUCGCAUUUGGCUGGGCUCUUUCCCCGCUCCAGAAAUGGCAGCCAAGGCUUAUGAUGUCGCGGCAUAUUGCUUGAAAGGUCGCACGGCGCAGCUCAAUUUCCCUGACCAGGCCGAGUACUUGCCGAGGCCGUCCACAUGCACCGCCAGGGAUAUCCAGGAGGCAGCGUCGAAGGCUGCGCAGACCAUGGCGUCAUGGAACAAGGGACGCGACUCUGGGUCGGAUGGCGAAGAUUUUUGGGGGGAGAUUGAAUUGCCGGAGCUGACGACGAGUCCUGGGUGUCAUUGGAACUCUUGUGAAUGGUCGUUUACCGGCGACGGCACAUGGCCGGACGGAGAGUUGGCGCAACCAUUCAUGGCAUGCCUCUAAUGUGAAUUGUUUCGCUGUUUGCGUGGUUGUUAGGCUACAUAUAUGCACGUAGAUCCAAUGCACUGGUUCUGUUUGGCUUGCUCAUAUAUAGAAACAUGGACACAGAUACUUAUCUCUGCGUAAAUAUACGUGUGUGUUUAUAUA